UUAGAGGGCUGGAUCGAGACUGCCGAAGAUCUAUUUCACCUUGCAUAUCAGAGCGGUCUGAUCGUGGAAGACGAUGCGCGUAUUUUUUGGAAUCUUGUUACUGGGUUUUAUUCGGACCACGCCGCUGACCAAAAAAAACUCUUCGAGCUGUUGAAGAAAUGGAAGAAACAGUUGGAGCGUGAGGUUCGAGGUGAAAGUGCUGUCAAACGGCUCAUGGAUAAUGAGUACGCGUGUCUUAUUUUCCAAGGCUCGCAGGUUCUCGUACAAAAGGCAGGGGGUCCAGCUGCUUGGGAUGUGUUAACUACCAAGGAACGUACACGCCGGAUUGAUGAGAUGAGAAGACAGAUUAUCUGUGAUAUUGGGGAAGCCGAAUUCCAGAAGCUGUCAGAGGAGGAGAAGGCCAAAGUUGAUUUAAUCCUUUGGGCAGGCUGUUGCAUGCACAAAGAAAUGAAUGCUUUCAAGGGAGGAUGUGUCGGCUUGGAUGAAUACUGGAAUAAACACCCUGAUCUCCAUCCACCG